AUGCUCAUUCCACCUUAUCAGAAAUUUCUGAAGGAUGCUGUUCAGCAAAGAACCAGGGAAGCACAAGGGAUGGUAGUGUUGACUCGCGAGUGCAGUGCAAUCAUUCAGCGGAAGGUCAUCUCCGACAAAAAGGAAGAUCCGGGGAGUUUCACUUUGCCCUGCAUGUUAGGACCCCUAUCUUUCAAAAACAGUCUCUGCGAUCUAGGAUCAUCUGUCAGCCUCAUGCCUUUGUCUGUAGCAAAGAGACUGGGAUAUCACAAGUACCAAGCCUGCGGAAUCUCACUAGUCUUGGCAGAUAGAUCGAUAAGGUUACCAACUGGGAUGCUUGAAGACCUGCCUUUGAGGAUAGGGAAUGUGGAAAUCCCCACAGACUUCAUUGUGCUUGAGAUGGAUGAGGAACCAACAGAUCCAUUGAUUCUAGGAAGGCCAUUCCUAGCUACAGCAAGAGCAAUGAUAGAUGUCUGUGAAGGAACAAUUGAGUUAAACUUGGGAAAGGACCUGAAGAUGAAGUUUGAUAUCAAGGAUACAAUGAGGAAACCAACUAUAGAAGGUCAGCUCUUUUAUGUUGAGGAAAUGGAUCAGUUGGCAGAUGAGCUUCUAGAAGAGUUAUCAACAGAGGAUCCCUACAAGUUGCUUUGA